AGUGUCUGCUUUCACAGGGCAGUGGUUCCAUUCUCACCGCGUUUGUUCCUUCAAUGUUGGCAGAGGGCCGGUGUCCUAGCAGAUAUUGGUAUAAUAGCCCAAGCACUUCAAAGGGGGAGGUUUGUCUUGUGUUUAUCGCUUUCACUUAUUAAUUCUACUGUCAAUGAGAGUUCUACAAAAGAGGAACCAAAACGAGUAAGCUAAUAUGCUAAGAUUGUAACUGGAAGCUUGAAGUAUCAAGUUUGCGUACACGGGUAGUUUUACAGAUUUAAUCCAACAAGAGGCGCUAGUUAGCCAGUUAGCUAACAUAGCCAGCUAAAUACUUAAUUUUGUUGUUACCGAGGCGGAGUUGCUUUUCAUAGCGAGCAACAUGCCGGAAUAUCUGGAGGACCCAUCUGUUCUCACUAAAGAUAAACUCAAGAGCGAGCUUUUGGCCAACAAUGUUGCUCUCCCAACCGGAGACCAGCGAAAGGACGUUUAUGUGCAGCUGUAUCUGAAAAACUUGACCGUGCAGAACAAUAAGAUCCUAUCUACAGACGCAUUCUCCAGCGACGAGGAGUUGCCAGUCCCGGUAGUGUCAAACAAAAGUCGCUCGGGCAGGAAAGCCACGAGGAAAACAGACAAGCCUCGGCCAGAGGACCUGGAUGUGACUGAGCUGACUAGUGAGGGCCUGAAGGAUGAGCUGCUCAAGUAUGGAAUCGACGUCGGACCCAUCGUGGCCUCAACCCGUAAGCUGUAUGAGAGAAGGCUCCAGAAGCUGUUGGACCAGGGUCCUCCUGAGACCGUGGCUUUACCGGUGGUCAUCACUCAGGUAGACGGCAACCACAACGGCAACUCUGACUCGGACCGCUACAGCGACAAGGAAGAAGAGGUGACAACCGAACCAGAGCCUGUCCCAGUCCCCGUGGUGGAGAGACCUGUCAGAAGCAGAGGGAAGACCCCAGUCACCACCAGGACCCGCAGCAGCCAGCACAACCGGGAACCUGCACCAAGUGUCCAUGCUCCAGUAGGACAGAGCAUAAGACCCCUGAAACAAUGGCCUCUGGUGGAGAAGAUAGCAGCUGGUGAGCAGACACCCAACAGGGUGGAUGAGAGGGAUGUCCUCAAGGAGAUGUUCCCCUACGAGACCAACACUCCAACAGGAAUCAACGCCACCUGUCGACGGCCCAUCCGAGGGGCAGCCGGCAGGCCCCUAAAGUCUGGUGACCUGUGGACCGAUGAGACCCUCCUGCGCUCCUCUCACUCUUCCUACACAGAGAGCCGCACCGCCACCGUCCACAGAGUCACCACCCUGCCCCCCUCUACCAGGCAGGCAACGUCAGUGGCACCCCCUGCUGGAAAGGCCAUAGCACCACCCCAUGGCCUGCCUGUCUGGCUGAAGCUGCUGCUCCUCGGCAUUGUAGCUGGCUUCAUAUUCUUCAUCUACCAGACCAUGGAGACCAACGCUAUGGCCCCCUUCGGAGGGUCCUCAGAUUCCACGCAGACCAGUGGCCGUGAUGUCCGCAAGUGAAGCCUGGAUGACAGUGCUCUGGCAGCAUAAUGUUACUGCCACCACUUUCACCGUUCCUCGCUUCCUUGGCAUUCUUGUUUUGUUUUUGUUUUUUCUGUUUCCGUCACUUAUAAUUGGUUAAAUGGUUUGGUACAGGAGCCUAAUCUGUAUCGGUGCCUCCUGGAGACGACAAUGUCCAAAAUGAUAUAUUGAAUGUUGAAGAUGCCCACUUCUCAUUCUAAAAUGACAAUACUGUCUUCUGUUUGUUUCAGUCCGUCCUUUCCCCAUCUUUGAGGCUGAGAGAAAGCCAGUCGCACCAAUAAUCUACAGAUCACGUACAUACACCGAAACAGUGGCUUCCAAAUUAUGUGAACUUGCUUUAUAUGGUCUAUGUGUUUGUUUUAUAUCUCUGCAUGGUGUAAUCGUGUGAUUGCAUUUGCCAGAGUCUGUGAAAGAGAAUUGCCUGUGUGCGUGUCUGUGUUUCACACGGUUUGCGUUUGUAAUGCUGUCACUAUAAUCUAAUGCAGUUAGAUGUAAUCUAAUGCAGUUAUUAGCAAAAACAGUCAGGCAAAGAUUGAAGGAAUUUCAACCAAUUGUAAACAGCUAUUUCUUGAUCGAACCAACUAUACAGCGGAUAUGUGUGAGAGACAGGGAUUCUUAAAACUCAUGCACACAUAUAGCUCUUAUGCUGUUUUUUUUGUCUUUUUUUUUUUAUUGAAAUUGUCUGUGGAGCCUAAUUAGUAAUGUAUGUAUUCAUUGUAAUAAAUCAUGUAAUAUCCUCUCAAUAAAACUGUUGUAAUAUGUAAGGAUAA